GCGAUGAGGGAGGCGCUGCGCGGCCGCUCGGGCAACCAGCCGGCCCCGGACGGCCACCUCCGCACUGUUGACCCCCCCAUGGCGUCGCCCGGGCAGCCCUGGUCCCGCACCCGCGCCGCGCUGGGGCGGCUGGAGAGGGCGCUGAGCUGCUCCCGCUGCGCCGGCGUCCUGCGGCAGCCCGUGUCCCUGGGGCAGUGCGAGCACGUCUUCUGCCUAUCCUGCGUGGGCGACUGUGUUGGCACGGAGUGCCCCGUGUGCCACGUGCCAGCCUGGCUGCAGGAUGCCCAGAUCAACCGGCAGCUGGACUCCAUGAUCCAGCUGUGCAGCAAACUGCGGGAGCUGCUGGGCACGGACAGCCCCGAUUCAGCAGAAGAUGCAUCCACACCACCUGACUCAGACUUGGGCAAAAACAACAAGAAGGAACCGAUAAAAAUGUGGUUCAGCCCAAGAAGCAGGAAGAUUCGAUGUGUCCUGAACAAGAGUCAGCCUGAGACUAAGAGAAGUGACCCUGGUGAGGACACAUCUUCAGUUUAUGAUUUCUUUCCUUCCCCUCCUCACGAAAAGCCCCCUGAGCUGAUAAAAAAACCAACCCAGAGGCAGAAUAAGAAGAUGAAGAAGAAACAUCUGGCAGACAUUAACAAAGUGUGGAGCUUAGAGAAGCCUGGGCAGAAAGGAGUUGAGGAGAAGACUCCCAAGGAAAAGUGUGUGACCAUCUGCAGUCAGCCAGUGAUCCUGUGCACUCCGGAACCGGAGAGCCCCGAAGAGAGACCUCAGCAGGAGGCUGUGAAGGAAGAUGACUCCAGCAAAAAUACAGGAAAUGUGGAAAUGCCACCACAGGUAGAAUCCCCAGAGAAGAACGAUAACAGUGAGGUUGUGUGCCCUGCACAAGAGAGCAAAGAAAACAAUUGUGCUCCAGAGACGUCGCUGUCAACAGAAAAUGAAACCACGCUGUUAAAACGUGGGAGGGAGCAACCUGGGCUUCAGCUCACUCCUCAUCCUAAAAGACUGAGGAGAUCUGAAAGGGGCAUUGCUGGGAAGGCAGGCAGGCAGGCAGAUUGCUUGGAGGAGUUACCUCAGGGCUCCCCCAUCUCCCCAGCGACUGAACACCAGACACCCGUUCAGAUUUCUUCCUCUGCAUCAAAACUCGCUGGUACUGUAAGGAAGACAAGAAGCUCUGCAGUCCUUCAAGCAACAGAUAGUCCUUCACUUUCAAAAUCUCCCUCUGCUCCAUCUACUCCUAAGACUUGCAGUCAAGUAUCGAUACCGUUCAGUCCUUCUGUGUUGAAAUCCCCUGGUGGCAACACAAUUUCCAGAAGAAAUUACAAAGGAGAGACUUUGCUCCACGUUGCUUCCAUCAAGGGUGACUUAGCAGCUGUGGAACAGCUGCUGACAAAUGGGGCAGACCCCAAUGUCAAAGAUAAUGCUGGCUGGACUCCACUGCACGAGGCGUGUAACCACGGGCACGGGGCGGUGGUGGAGCUGCUGCUGCGGCACCGGGCGCUGGUGAACACCACCGGCUACCAGAACGACUCCCCGCUCCACGACGCCGCCAGGAACGGCCACGUGCACAUCGCGGAGCUGCUGCUCGCCCACGGCGCCGCCCGGGACGCAGUUAAUAUAUUUGGUCUGCGGCCUGUGGACUAUGCAGAAAGUGAAAGGAUGAAGUCUGUGCUAAUGUUGCCAGUGAAGAAUGAAUCACUUUCGCUUAACCAACCCUCCGAGGCACUGAGCCCCAGCCAGCCUAGAAAUGGCCCACUUGGUUUACUGGGGAGCAGUCUUAGUGCAGAGCAGCAGAAGUUGCUGAACAAAUUAGCAGCAGUUCUGAAGGCUCGAAGAUGUACUGAAUUUAACAGUGAAGUAACUCAUCUUGUUAUCCCUGAUGUUCCAAUGCCAAGUACUGUCAAAUGCAUGAUGGCUGUUCUGACUGGAUGUUGGGUCCUCAAGUUUGAAUGGGUCCGAGCCUGUCUGCAAACCUCAGCUCGAGAACAAGAAGAGAAGUAUGAAAUCCAAGGUGGCCCCCAAAGAGGGCGGCUCAACAGAGAGCAGCUGCUUCCUAAGUUGUUUGAUGGAUGCUACUUCUAUUUUUUGGGCUCUUUCAAACGCCACCAGAAGAGUGAUCUGGCGGAGCUGGUCAGAGCAGCAGGAGGACAGGUCCUGGUGAGGCAGCCGAAGCCGGACAGUGACGUGACGCAGACGAUCAACACGGUGUCGUACCACGCGGAGCCCUGCUCCGACCAGAGGUUCUGCACUCAGUACGUCAUCUACGACGGGGCCUCCAAAUUCAGGCCGGAGAAAACCCGGCAGGGCAAGGUGUGGAUGGCCCCCUCCAGCUGGCUCGUAGACUGUGUGAUGGCAUUUCAGCUCCUGCCCGUCGAAUGAGUAUCAGCGUCUCGGGAGCGAGGCUUUAUGAAAUGUGGGCAGUCUUGACCCGGUAAACUGGUCUGGAGCUGUGACUUGUGUUUUGGAUUCAGGAGAGCUUUGGGCGUUUAAGUGAGUUACUAGGAUUGCUGAUAGGCUGGAAUAAGUGAACGUACAGUGGAGGAGAGAAUUGAAAAAUGUGCCUUGCCUUAUUUAGUAUGCUUUAUAUUUGCAUUGAACUUAAUAAUAAAUGCUUAAUGAGUAAUCACUGACAUUUUGUAACUAAGAUUUUGCAAAAUGAAACCUUUUGCUUUCUUGAUUUGUAGGCGAUAGACCCCAUUUGUGUUGUGUUUCAUAUCCAGUGACAAGGAUCUACUGUAUGUGCCAAGAUUUCCCAGGCCAGAAUUUGUAUUUUUUAAAAGAGAGGACUCUGCAUUUGAACCUGCGUAGACAUCUCGUGUCAGGUGACACGUGAUGUUUAUUACAACUUCUUACAGCUGAAUUUUGCUGGAAAUUCUUGGCGUGGGAUAAGUCUCGUAGAAAUCAGAGUUGAACUAAUGGCUUGAGUUCAUCUGGAAGCAGACAAUUUUUGAGAACACUAUAUUUAAAAAUCUUGAUUUAGAAUUUCCUUAUUUUGUAGAAAGAUAAAUGCUUUUCUCACUUCUGUCCUCAUUCAUACUUGUAAAUGUGUAACUUGAAUUUCAUUCUAUUUUCCUAAGGUUUUGAAGCAUUGGGUUCCUUAUUAAAUUAUUAUAAUAAAUACUUCUGUAAGUAUGGAUGGUUAUUAUCAUGGUUACUUUGAGGAAAAAACUUUAAUGAUUGCAAAAGAAUCAUGUCUCACUUGGCACAGUUGUACCUAAGCAGCUGGCUAUGCUGGAGCAAUAUUUGAUUCUUUCUUAUUUGUUACAAUAUUUCAUGUAAUUGGUCAUAAGUUAUUGUCAGAAUCUUCAGCCCUCACUCUGUGCUCUCACCUAAUGUCUUGUAUCUUUUGUGAAUUCAUAAUUGAAAAAUGGUGUCUUGUAAUAAUACGAUAGUCGUGGGAUAAACCAGA